GUGAGGUGGUCCGGGUAAUAGGCAGGUGUGAUCGGGGUGGGAGGAGACAGAAGCGUUUGGGUGCAGCGGCAUCAUUUUGGGCUUUGCCUGCUCUCACACCCUGCUGGAAUUUUCUUUUACCACACCAUCAUGGGUAGUGCCUACCACUGGGAGGCCCGGCGUCGGCAGAUGGCAUUGGAACGGAGGAAGGUGCUGAUGGCACAGCAGCAACAAGAGCAGAAUGCAAAAAAGCAGGAAGAGAAGAAACAGCAUUUUGAGAAAACAUCUCAGCCACACCAAGAUUCAAAAGGACCCCAACAGGAUUCAAAAGGACCCCAACAGGAUUCAAAAGGGCCACCGCCUGCACAGCCAGAGCAACAAGCACAGCCACAGGAGAAGGCACAAGGACAGCCACAGCCGCCUGGGCCAAAGUCACAAAAGGAGCAAGACCCACCUACACAGAGCAUCUUCAAGGAUGGUCUCCAAAAAGACACCCAAAGGCAAGGACCCCAGACUAAGCCAACCGGAGCUCAACAAGAUGGCCAGCAAUCCUGUAGAGUGUGCAGUAAACCCCCCAUCCUUCCAGGCCGCGGUAUCACGAAUGAUUGCCAGUCUAGCUCUUCUAAAUAUUCCCGACUCACGGUGAGAGUCAACUAAUUACAUCCAGCAGUGGUGAUCCAGAGACGGACUCCAAGACUUGAUGAAAGUGAAUAAAAACAAAACCCAAAAAUCAACCAAACAAAAAACCCAAGCACCACCAAACAAACAACAACAAAAAAAACCAAACCAGACAGCAACCACACUUUCUUUCCACCCAGCAAUCUUUCAAAUCCAAAAAGCCAGUUGCAUUUGGAAAGGAGGCUAGCUG